AUGGGUCAAAUGGGAAUUGAAGAUCUUGCGAAACAAAAUGCGAACAAUGGAGUUACCCCAAAGAAGAAGGGCUACGAUGACGUUCAAUUGAGCGAUAUUGAGGAUGAGGAAGAGAGCAAGGGAGUCAAAGGAAAAGAGAAAAAAUCGAAAACGUCUGGAAAGGAUAAGAAAAAGGAUAAGAAGCAGGAAAAAUCGAGAUCGAUAAUGGUUGAUGACAAGAAGAAAGAUGACAAAAAGUCGGAGUUGAAGGAAGUUGACAAGAAGAAGCCGGAUGAGAAGAAUAUCAAAUCGGUUGAAGCCAAACCGCCGUCAUCCGGUCAGUUAGCAUCAAAAGACGCAAUCAGACCGGGCGGAACUUCUGAAGAAGUGAAGGCGUCGACACCUAGCGCUUCAACGGCUUCACAAAAGAAGCAAAUAUCUCAAUUAACAGCGCCGGCUCCAAAAAUGGAAGAAAAAGAGAAAUCGGGAUGUUGCGUGAUCUUAUAA